CUUGGACAUUCCAGGAAACGGGGGAGAAUGUGAUCACCUAAAUCAAGUGAACGAGAUGAAAUGCUCAACAACUAUUGAAGAAAACAGGGACGUAAUUGUUGGAGUAAAGGUCAGAUUAAGUACGGGUGUGACUGGUAACGGUAGAUUGGAAAAAGAAGUGUAUAGGAGAGCAAUAACAUCAGCUUCAAAAUGUAACGUGCCUCUAAUGGUUCACCAUAUACUUAGUACCAUCCCAGUACAAUCAACUGAAGACUACUCUGAUCUCAGCUGUCCAGGCAACCUUUCCAAAGGUGAUAUUUACACACAUUCUUUUCAUGGACAUAAUACAACCAUUAUCGAUGAUAGUUUAAAGAAAGUUCAUCCAAAUGUACUUAAAGCCAGAGGCGGGGGUGUUCUCUUUGAUGUUGGUCAUGGACAAGGAUCUUUCUCCUGGGAAAGAGCAAGGGUUUCCAUGGAAUCAAACUUUUUACCAGAUACAAUUAGUACUGACUUACAUACAGGUAAUAUCCAUGGACCAGUACAUGAUCUACUAUUAGUAAUGAGUCGAUUCCUUCAUCUUGGGAUGCCUCUGAAGAAGGUCAUAGGUGCUGUAACAUCUAAAGCAGCAGAAGCAAUACGAAAAGUUGAGAGUUUAGGAUCUUUAGAGAUAGGAAGGGAAGCAGAUAUCACUAUAUUAAAACUUAUAGAUUGUGAUAUCUGGCUUGAAGAUUGUCAUGGAAAGGCAGAAAACUUGAAACAAAUUUUGAUUCCAGUAGCUGUUUGGAAAGGUGGUAAGAAAUAUGAAAUUAAGGAUUUGGAGAACUAUCCAGUUAGUGCAAGUUAACAAGCAUGUUGAGCUACAUCAUAAUAACUACUUGGACUUAUCAGUUUUCGUGUAAUUUAAAGAUAUUAAAUACUAUACUCGU